AUGGCCGACGGCGCGACGGAGGAGCCCGUCUGCGGAACCUGCUACACGGACAUUACCUGCGGGUUCGGCAGCGGCGAUGAGGCGCCGGAGGAGCCGGCGAUCCCCAUCGAGCACAUCGACGACGGCGACGGCGUCGUCACGGAACCGGAGACCCCGACGAGCCCGGCGGGCCUGGCGACGAAGAAGACGAAGACGAAGAAGUCCCUGGGCCUCCGGCGGACGAAGACCAUGUCGCGGACCAUGUCGUCGCGGGCGCGGAGCUCGACGAAGGGGAAGGCGCCGACGAAGAAGAAGGCGAAGCCCAAGAGCCCGUCCGCCGCCGCCGCCGCCGCCGCCGCCGCCGCCGCGGAAGACCCGGCGCGGUCGGAAGACCCGGCGCGGUCCCGCGAUCGCAAGCUCGUCGAGGUCCUCCACGACGAGGCGCACGCGCUCCUCGACCACACGAUAUCGACGGCGCACUUGCUCCACGACAAGACGAAGGCGACGGCGCUCGAGCUCCACGACAAGACGAAGGCGACGGCGCUCGAGCUCCACGACAAGACGAAGGCGACGGCGCUCGAGCUCCACGGCAAGACCGCCGAGGUCGCGCGCACCGCGCACGGGGCGGCGCUCAAGGUCAAGGCGAAGCUGCACAAGGAGAACGACGACGACGACGACGAGCUCCGCAUCGGCGUCGACGGCGAGAAGAAGGAGAAUCUCGGUUAUAAUCACGAAGAAUGCCCCGUCAAGCGCGCCUCGACGCACGGCCUGGACGUCGUCGCGAGCACGAUGUCGAGCGUCGGCGACGCCGUCGUCCACGACGUCAAGAGCCUCGUCCUGCGCGCCGAGGAGGACGAGGUGUCGACGACGGAGGCGGACCAGUACGGCCUCACGGCCGCGCAGGUCAAGCUCCAGCUCAAGAACGCCACGGGCCGCACCAUCCCCAUCGACGACGUCCGCGUCAUGAUGCACAACGUCGGCGCCAACGCCUACGGCCGCGUCUCGCAGGAGGAGUGCGACGGGAUCGUCGCGAAGCAGAAGGACAAGCAGGGCUUCUCGCUCUCCAAGUGGCUCGUGCCGCCGUCGGUGCGGCGCCAGGCCAAGGCCCUGAAGCAGGCGCGCACCGUGCCCCGCGAGUUCUACAAGCCCGGCGGCGUCAACGCGAACGUGUCGACGCUCCGGAAGCCGCUGCCCGAGCCGCUCGGCGUCGAUUGGGCGUCGCUCGCGGACGCGGACCUGCCCCUGUCCGACUUCGAGGCGCGCCUCAAGAACAUGACCGACAGCGUGCUCGUCUACCCCACGGCGCUCCGCGGCGACACGAUCCUCAUGUACCUCGCGCAGGCGGGCGACCUCCAUCGGCUCCGCGCCGUCAUGGACCGCGCCUCCGUGCGCCACGUCGUCUCCAAGGUCAACUUCUACGGCCACGCCGCCCUCGACUACGCCGUCGGCAACGAACACGAGGACAUCGUCGAGCUCCUCGGCACCUACCACCGGGAGCACCUCGCGGCCCACAACAUGUACUCGUCGACGCUCCGCACGAACACAAGCCGCGGCUUCCACGACUCCACGGGGCGGCGGCGGUCCGGCGCCUAG